AGGAAAUUGUGCUAAUCGAUAAAUUUUAAAAAAUAGAAAUGUUUCUCUGGAUUCGGGAUUUCUUCGAGCUAGUUGCAUCAGAUUCAUAAAAUAUUAUGAUCGUGAGUGAAGAACUGCACCAGACAUGUGCAACAACAGGAUUCCUUGUCCGCAGAAGGUCACAAGUUCGAAUCCGGGCCGAGCCAGGCAAUCAGUUAAAACCGUAGUAACAUGAAGAGCGACGUUUCAUUGUUUCCUCCCAGGGUUAGUCACUGUUCUGUGCGUGGGACCUAAUGAACAGUUCCGCCGUCCGUCCGUGCCUACAGCUUUGCUUACAGAGUGCCGUAUGUAUUGGCACCUUUGGGCUCCACUAACAAACGCACUCGGCGUCUGUGCUCGUCGGCACGCGGCAGGACUGUUACAGGAUUCGAACUCUGACCUCUAUAUCUUUAUUAAGCUCCUGUGACUUGUACGCCUGCGGAACUGAAAUUCAGAUCUGGUGUAAUCUUGAGUGUAAAUGAAGAAUCGACCGCGGUUUAUGGAGAUAUUUUGAAGAAUUCGAGUGCUGUGAGGGCGGGAUGAGCGUACAGAGUUCAAAGCAAAGCUUUCCAGAUGCUUCGUCUCCGGUACAUGCUCUAUCCAACCCCUGUUGCAGUGACUCUGGCGAGGAUUCUUCCGAAGGACAAGAAAGCAAACCGACUUGUCUCGUCAAAUCCUCCUCUGUGCGCCAAUGUCUGGGGUUCGAACCCGAGGCAGGGGUUUCUUCUUCCUCAGAUCACGAUCUGCUCUACGAGACAAUCGAGAGCUUGCAAAGCAUGGGAUGCAAUAAGUCGCAGAAGAAGGGGUUUAAAAUGAAGCGGAAAAUGUGCCGAUCGGACUGCAACAAAAACGGCAGUGAAAUGCGCAGAGAAAAUGUCAGCGGAAGACGCCAGGCGUGUAACUGUGUAGCGAGCUUUGCCGCAGACUGCGCGGCCGUCUGCUGCUGCCCUUGCGCGCUUCUGCAUAUUUUCAUCCUCGCCUUUGUCAAAACCCCUUCUAUUUGUGCCAGAAAAACUUUCUGCUUUGUGAAGAAAAAGGCUCGCAGUAAAAGAAAGCUUGACCAGAAGAAGACGAAUGAUGAUGACAGUGAGGACGAUAAUAGGGAAAAGUCUCGGUAUUACACGCCUCCCUGGUCUUGCACAGAGUCUCCAGAGAGGCGCAGCGCUUUGGACGGAUCAAUCAGUCCCAAAUUGGACAGCCAGAAUAUCUGGUCAGAGUUCUAUGCGGCUGGUCGCAUGGGAUUCGGGGGGCUCCCAUUUGAAUGGAACAAGGAACCCUAGUCAGCCUGAGAAAUUUGUUGCUUAUUUAUGGAGCCAUGAUUUUAGUUCAAUGUUGCUUCGGUAUGUAUCUUCCUGUCAGUUUUCUCUCAGUCUGUAAUUCAUUACAAAUCCAUUGAUGUAAAGAUCCUGUAUUUCAUUGCAAACCCGCACAUAUAAAAGAAUUUUAGGAGAUUUGCAGUUUCC